AUGGGUGAGGAGGGCCAGACGAACGGGACAGACGAGGAAGACGAGAUGAUGGUGCCGCGGGUCUCGGGCCCGAUAAAUUCGCGGUCUGCACAGUCCAGAGUAAGAUCUUCCGAACGGAAGAAGAAGCAGAGCUUCCAUACUCUGGACUGUGCAGACGGCGAAUCUAUCGAGUCGGAGGCCCGCCGCACCUGCUGCAAUGAGAUGAGCGAUGGCGCACCAGGGAAGGCACGACAGAAGCCUCUGUCCCUAGCAUAUGCACGGCCAGCAUCCCAGUACACCGCACACGUGCAAAUCAACAACUACCAUCGCGAGUCCGAACUCAGUCUGCGCCAAACAAUCCGAUCCAUCCUCACCGGAAUAAUGCACUCAACGCUCCUCAAAACCGCCCUCUCUGUCAUCGCCGGCUAUAAUGCCUGGAACAUCGACGCUAUCAUGGCACCACGAUCGGAGAACUGCACGCAUCGCGUCUACCCGGACCGCCUGGGUCGACCCACUCUCAAUCGUACAGCAUACAUCACGUACUUCUCUUCUCUGUUGCCAUUCUUUGACAACUUCACUGUCACCGUCACUGGGACGUACGUGGACGAGGAGCAAAAUCAGGUUGCUGUGCAGGCAUUCAGCAAAGCAGACAGUGUACUUGGACCUUAUGGAAAUGAGUAUGUGGUGAUGAUGAAAAUGACCGAAGACCAGGAAAAGGUGUAUGAAGUGAGGGAAUUUGUGGAUAGCGAAGCCAGUGCGAUGUUCUUUCCGAAUCUGACGGCUUAUAUUGCUGCGGGCGGUAAGGGAAUCCAUGAGUUAUAG